GAAGCAACACUCUUUUUCGGGGCUUUGCAUUUUCCACUCUCAACUCUUCCAGGCGGCUGGAUCUGUAACCAUUACUGAAGUCAAACGUUAUCUUUGAAAUGGGGGACAUCGAAGCUCCCGUUACGACUGGACCGCGCCAAAGUGUCCUUCAAACGAUUCUCCCAAUCGCAAAAGAAUUCGCAUCUUCACGGAAAGGACAACUUCUUAUUGCAGAAGUGGCUCUGUCCCUCAUCGCGUUCAUCUGUUUUGUGGCGUCCACGGCAGCAGCCUUUGUCACAGCACCCCUCAUUGAGUUCCUGGCUGCCCUUUUCCUCCUUUUUGCCUAUUCCACCAAAUUCAAUGAGCGAUUUAAGGGAUUCCACUUCCCCCUCAUGGAUUUUCUGCGCUGUGUCAGUGCGUCCAUCAUCUUUUUUAUCAUCUCCAUAAUAUCGGUUUCCAAGUUCACAGACGGGGCCUCUAAAGCAGCAGGUGUGUUUGGGUUCAUUGCCACCAUUGUUUUUGCUCUAGAUUUUUACUUCAUCUUUAAUGACCUGGCUAAUUUCCUCAAACAAGGAGGGGACUCAGGUGACGAGCCACCAAGAACCUCAGAGUACAAUGACUCAGACUCUGACUCAGACUGAAGAGGUUCUAGCCCAGGGACCAUGUGUGUGUGUGUCGUCCACCAUGCCUGGCAGGAAGACAUCCAUUCUGCAGAUGUCAACGGCAUCCUGAAGGAUUCACAUUUCAUUUUAAACUGACGUGAAAACAGGUUUCCAAUCUUAGUCUUUAGAGCUUUGGAAUGUUGGCAUAUACAAUGAUCAAUUACGGUUACAGUAUUAUUUUCCAAAUGUUCUAAAAUUGCCCAAACUCUGAAAUACAUUUCUGAAGCUGUGAAUGAACUGUGGUAUUUUUAGUGAUGGCUAUUGGUUUACAGUUGCUCAGCCUCCAUAAUACCAAGAGGAGCACGGGGAACAAAGGCAGAUGACACUACAUUUUUACAUAAUUGAAAAGAUUGGCAGCUGGUUGGCUGGUUACACCAUCUGUCCAAUCAUCGUACUUGCUUUGCUUGAUUUUUCAUUUUCUGGUGUCCUUUAUUGAAAAUGUUGCUGUAUCUGAUGUGAUAUCCUAGCAUUAAAAUCAUUUUGUGACAGA